AUGUCCUUAUCAAGCAACGACAUCGAGGUGAAAAACGAAAAUACCCAAACUAGAUGUCGAAGCUCUGGACCCUCGUAUAAAGUCAAAACAUCGUCAAGACGUACGCCCCCAGCGAAGAAGAUGGCCGUUUCAUUUACGGAGGAGCAGUUCACGUCAUUAAUUAGCGCACUUUCAAACCAACAGCGACGCUCUUUUGCUUCUUGCACAGCGUCGUACGAUGGAACAAGAAGCACAGAAGCGGUUGAAAGCUUUUUGACAUCCGCUAGAGUGUUCAAAAAUAUAGAAAAGAUAAAUGACGAACACGCUCUCGAUGGAUUACCGUUAUUAUUGAAAAGCGAAGCUUGCACUUGGUGGCAGAGCAUAAAAUCCAACGUUCGUUCAUGGGAAGAUUUUGAAGCACAACUUCGCCAUGCAUUUGCGCCGUUGAAGCCUGCUUAUUUAAUUUACCAAGAAAUCAUGAAUAACAAACAAGAAGCAAGUAUGGCAACAGAAAUUUUCCUAAGUAAAAAACGCUUACUCUUUGCGCAGUUGCCAGAACCGAAGCACUUUGAAACACAACAGAUCGACAUGUUGUUUGGACUUCUUCACAUCAAUAUCCGUGAAAAGAUACCUCGAGACUCCAUUAAAAGCUUUGAAGAUCUCUUGAAAGCUGCUAGAGGUGUUGAACGGACAUUAGCGGAAAAGAAAUUACUAACUGUUGAAAAAACAGAACAAAUAACUCCAACUACGAUGACCGGAACACACAAAAAGCCACGGUGCUCCUUUUGUAGGGUUAUGGGCCACAGUGCUGAACAGUGUCGAAAGCUGAAACGUAAAGAAGGAGAUACACGACCCACAAUUGUUAAAAUGGAGGCAGUGACUCAAGCACCAUCACCAUCAGCACCAAAGUAUUCGUGUUACGGUUGUGGAACUCCUAACGUAGUCCGCAGUAACUGUCCAAACUGCCAUAAAAAUAAAGUUUCCGGAUCAGCAGAAAUUGGAUUUUGCUCCUUAAACGUUAAUACUGAUGCAAGGUCCCGACCUGUAGUAUAUAUUAACGUCGAAGGUAUUCAAGGGACUGCUUAUAUAGAUACUUGUGCGAAAUCUAGCAUCGCUUCUUAUACUCUAUACAUGCUACUGAAAGGAAAAGGCUAUCAAUUCAAAUCAGAAUUUAUGACUUUAGUCUUAGCGGAUGGAGUCAGAAAACAAGAACUAGUACUGACUACUAAAGCUAUGGUUACGCUGUGCAACAAAGCCAUUAAAACAACCUUCCUUGUGAUGCCCGAUAAAAAGGAAAACUGUACCCUUUUAGGUGUAGGCUUCAUCCAAGACGCAGGAAUAGUAAUCAACUUACCACAGUACACUUGGAAAUUCGUUGACAGCGAGCAAAACUUCGAGCUAUAUAAGGAAGACUUCGUCAACUUUCCAAGCAUUCCACAACCUUUGACUAAUAAUCAAGCGAGUCUACCUGAAUCAAGUUCUACCGAGUACAGAGCAUAUGGACCGCUGAUACCCAUUACUUUUAAGAGAAAAAGAACAUUAUUUGACGGAUAUUCGCCUAUAAUGGAUGCACUAUACAGGGAUGCGAGAAAGUCGAUAGAAGAAGCUGAAGUAGAGCUAUCUCCAAAAUCUGCUUCUCUGUUCCCAGAUGUAGAGUUGGCUUCGAUAGAUGUGGUCAGUAACGAUGAGCGACUCCAAGCCUUAUUAAUAGAUAAUCAAGAUAUAUUUACCCCUAAUGGUAAACCAACAACUCAGAUAGAGCAUCGAAUAGACUGCGGAGACCAUAGCCCAGUCUCAGUUCCGCCUUACCGACUCUCGCCUCAAAAGACAAAUAUUUUAAAGGUGGAAAUUAAUAAGAUGAUUGCUGAGAAUAUUAUUGAGCCAUGCACCUCGCCAUGGUCAUCUCCAGUAGUACUUGUCCCUAAGAAGGAUGGAGGAACAAGAGUGUGCAUCGACUACAGACAACUGAAUUCCAUAACAGUCGCUGAUAAAUAUCCUCUUCCAAGGAUGGACGAUCUACUGCAUAGCGCUAAGCAAACGCCAUUUAUGAGUACAAUCGAUCUUCGUUCAGGUUAUUGGCAGAUCAAAGUAGGAGAUCAGGACCAGCCAAAGACUUGCUUUAUUACCCCAUUCGGAAUGUUCAUGUUUCUCCGUAUGCCGUUCGGCCUGAAAAAUGCGCCUGCUACAUUCCAACGUCUGAUGGAUGGAUUUCGAGUAUCGCUAAGCCAUAUCGAACUCUUGGUCUACCUUGAUGAUUUGAUUGUACGAUCGCCGACCUUUGAACAGCACCUCGAAGAUUUGAAAGAUGUGUUUGCGCGUCUACGAGAGUACAACUUGGUAGCCAACAAGAAAAAAUGUAAAUUUUGCCGUGAAAGCAUUAAAUAUCUUGGACAUUUGAUUACAGCGUAA